GAAGCUAUAACAAAUUGAAAUGAGUAUCAAGUAUAUUAUGUUUAAAAUAAUCAUUUAUAGAAAGUCCAUUGUAUUUAUAUUAUUUAUUUUUCUUGGAAGAAGCUGAAAACUAGCCUUUUUCUUAACUCACCAGCCUUCUUUAUAUCCCUACCUCAGACUCACAGGUUGGUACUGAUGCUGGCUGUAAUUUGCCACUAUUUUUGUACUAAUGGAUUAAUUGUAGUACUUGCAUAGGACCAUAUUACUUUUAUUUUGAUGUUGAGUAUGUGCAAGACACAAUUAUUGCCAAAUGUUUAUCACACUGAAUAAAGUUGUGUGUCCUAACUUUAUAUUCCACUUAAAUCAGAUACUUUUACUAUAGCUAUAAUGCAGCCUUUUCUUUUCAGAGCAACAGUGCGCUCCAGGCCAGCAGAGUGCAGUAGAGCUCACAGAUCGAACAUUAGUCUGUUACUAGAGGAAGACCGUUGUUAGUAGACGGUGGACACUGUAGGCUUAAACCAAAUUGACAAUUGACAGAUAAACACAAUAAAAAUCAUUUCAGAACAAUUUUGCCUUUUGUAGAUACAUAGGCUUUAACUGAAGAAACAGAAGUGUUAACACAUCCCGUCCAAAAUGGUUAAUGUCUUGAAAGGAGUUCUCGUUGAAUGUGACCCAGCUAUGAAGCAAUUUCUUCUAUAUCUGGACGAGACGUCAGCAUUGGGGAAGAAAUUUAUCAUCCAGGAUUUGGACGACAUGCAUGUUUUCAUCCUAGCUGAAGUUGUGCAGAUUCUUCAGGAGCGAGUAGGAGAACUGAUGGACCAGAAUUCAUUCCCCAUCACCCAGAAAUAAAUGUCUGAAUCUGACAGCAGACCUUACAAUCUGUGGGAGCAGAUGGAUGUGGAGAUUCUUUCAGCACAAUUGCACAAACACAGAUGCACCUAAAAUAUAUAGAUGACUGGCUACUAGGAUGAUGCCUGUUAUCCUUGUUAUAGUUUGACUGUGUUGCAUACAUUUUUCAUCUGACAGAAUUAUAUGCUUUAUGUUGCAUAUGUUUCAAAGACAGCUUCUUGAAUCUUUUCAGCAUUUCAAAAUUGUUCACAAACUGAAAGCAGAUGGUCGAUGACAGUGUGAUUUAUAUACAUGCAUAAUAUACAAGCAUCAAAUAAAA